AUGGCUUGUCAUGCCAAAAAGUUGGAUAUCGUCCACAACAACACUGUCACGAGCAACAGCGAAAUGCCUAGCGUCCGCCUCGCAACGCCGCCCAGUCCCAUCUUUGCCUGCCAUCCGGAUGACCGCACCGUCGAUCUCGACCGAUUUGUAGACGCAACCGAGGCGCUCAGCCUGUCGGUGCUCGAGAAUGACCUCCUCGGAGGACGGUCAUGA